CAGCUGUCUACUUGUCAUAUUACGUUGUCAUCCAAUUUAUGUUUUGUUUCUUUCUUUUCUAUACGAAGUCUCAACAAGUUAGAAAAAGACAAAACUAAAUUUAUGCUUAAAACUUUUACCUGGAACAGCGAUAAUCAAUAAAAAUCUUUCAGAAAAUUGCCUUCGGUGACAACCUUGUGAACUUUGCAAUGUAAAUAAAUAAAAGAACUGUGCAAAUACGUGUUAAUUAUCUAAAAACUUUAGUGGAAAAUAUUGUGUUACUUUUUUAAUCAUGUUAGGACAACGACCGCGGUUCAUAAAGCCAGGUGACGAAUCUUUGUACCCAACAAGAAACAAAGAUGGGGCAAUAGAAACUCUAGUAAAUCCCAACGUAGACUCCGCAUUAUCUGUGGACAGCGACUCAACAACUUCCUUUGUCUACAACCGUUACCACCACUUACCGUUAGACGCACAACGACAGAAGCUACCAGUUUUUCAGUAUCGCAACCACAUAUUGUAUCUGUUGGAAAAGUAUCAAACUUUAGUUCUGAUUGGUGAAACUGGAUGCGGGAAGUCUACGCAAGUUCCUCAGGUGGGGACCGCCUCUUUCUGCGAAGCAGUGAUGCUCGCAAAAAAGGUGGAGCCCGUAAGGGACGCCCCAGUAACCGCAGUAGGCGACAUUCAGUCGUUGGUGAUCGAGCGACGAUCUCCGGCAACCAUAGUCGGUACUUCGUUAUUGUUAGACAAAAUUAGGACAUUGCCUAUUUUGAGCAAACUCGGAGAUCCCAUGCAGCGCUAA